CUGGAUCAAUUACUGAAUAUUUGACAGAACACUCUCAUUUUGUGGAGAAUUGUCAGAGAUUUCUGUGAAGAGAUCGAAAUUUCCUCUAGUGGUGUGUAUUCAUUUCGCUUAUAGCGUUGUUAUUUACAAAAUGUGUGAAUAUAAUAUGGUAAAUUUCAGAGUAUUCACAAAAUGUGCAAUGUUUUAUUGAAAUCAGCUUCUAGAAGAUGGAUAGAAAACUGAACAACAUUUUGUGGAUGGAAUAUUGUGAAACUAGUUCAUACAAGUGAGCUUGAAUUUUUGUUGAGAAACAUGGAUGAAUUGUAAAAGUACUGUUUGUUGUACAUGCAGACAACUCUAUAAUCAUAUAUAUAUAAUAGGAAUUGUAUAUUACUGGAGUAUGUUAUAUCAAAAAAGAGAGAUGAUAUGUUUACAUCUUAGGAGGAUUUGGUAAGCUGACUAUGUCACAUCAUCACCAUCACCGUGUAAACUCCCUUCGAGAGAGAGAGGAAAUGUAUGUGGGGCCUUACAAACUUGAGAAAACCUUGGGAAAGGGACAGACAGGUCUGGUAAAGCUUGGCAUACAUUGUGUGAGUGGGAAACGAGUGGCCAUCAAAAUUGUAAACAGAGAGAAGCUCAGUGAAUCAGUAUUAAUGAAGGUUGAGAGGGAAAUCGCAAUCAUGAAGCUGAUAGAACACCCUCAUGUCCUUGGGUUGUUUGAUGUCUAUGAAAACAAAAAAUACUUAUAUCUGGUGCUCGAGCACGUCUCAGGUGGGGAACUCUUCGACUAUCUGGUUAAAAAGGGAAGACUCACUCCCAAGGAGGCCCGAAGGUUCUUCAGACAAAUCAUCUCCGCACUAGAUUUCUGCCACAGCCACAAUAUAUGCCACAGAGACCUGAAGCCUGAGAAUUUGCUUCUAGAUGAGAAGAACAAUAUCCGGGUGGCAGACUUUGGGAUGGCAUCCCUUCAAGUGGAGGGGUCAAUGUUGGAAACCAGCUGUGGGUCUCCCCACUAUGCUUGUCCAGAAGUGAUUAGGGGAGAGAAAUAUGAUGGUAGGAAGGCUGAUGUUUGGAGCAGUGGUGUCAUACUGUAUGCGUUACUAGUGGGAGCGCUUCCAUUUGAUGAUGACAAUUUGCGACAGUUGUUGGAGAAAGUGAAGAAGGGAGUGUUUCACAUUCCCCACUUUGUGCCCCCAGACUGCCAGAACCUGCUGCGAGGGAUGGUGGAGGUGGACCCAGAUAAACGUCUCACAUUAGAAGAAAUUCACAGACAUCCGUGGGUGACCAUGGAAUGUCAAGAUCAUUUAGAACUAGAAUUGCCAGUCGUUCAAGUUGUACAGACGUCAAUUAUACCAAAUAUAGAGGAUAUUGACCCAGAUGUUUUGUCUACAAUGAACUCACUACAGUGCUUCAAGGACAAGGACAGAUUAAUACAAGAACUGCUGAAUAGUCGCCACAACACAGAGAAGGUGAUAUAUUUCCUACUGUUAGAUAGGAAACUCAGGAACCCUUGUGUAGAGGAUGCGAUAGAAAUACGUCACAGAUCGGAGUCCGCGGACCCACCUAGGAAAAGGAUCGAUGCAGUGCAGUUGAAUGGCCAGCCCAGUAACAAUUGGUGUGAAAAUGGUGCAAAGUGUACUCUUCAUCAUCAGGGAUUAUUCUUGCUAAAGCCAAUAAGAUUGUCCCUUGGAAGUAUUAGUGAAGGCUCACCUACUGCUGGCAGACGGGCACUUGCUAUUCAAAAAGCUCGCAAGGCAAGUUUGUCUUCAGCCAGUUCAAAUGGUUCACCAUUGCUUAGUCCGAAACUCAGCCGUGGUCCUUCCUCCCAUAGCACAGGCCCUACCCCACCCACCUCUCCAGGGGUGCAGAACACCCCAUGGAAAUCCAGGCUACACACCAUCAAGAACAGCUUCCUGGGCUCACCAAGGUUCCAUAGAAGAAAACUCCAAGUGCCUAGUGAGGAUUCCAUGACAGGAAUGACUCCGGACUCUUCACCAGAAAUGACAAAGAAGUCCUGGUUUGGGUCUCUGAUGGGCUCUGAUAGAGAGGAGCAUCACUUUGUUAUGGUGCGCGACAAACCUCUCUGCCAGAUCAAGGCCGACCUCAUUCAUGCAUUCCUCUCAACUCCUGACCUAUGUCACAGUGUAGUGUCUACUACAACGUUCAGAGCAGAGUACAGGCGCUCCGCAAGUUCCUCAGUAUUUUCACGCAACGUGCGUUUCCAGGUGGACAUUACUCCAGCCCAUGGUACCUCCAGGGACCACGAAAUCAGCAUGUACUGCCUCACUUUCACACACAUCUCAGGUCCAUCCCGCCGGUUCCGCAGGGUGUGUGAGCAUAUCCAGAAUCUGAUGCUGGGCCCGCGCGGGGAUGCGCUGAGUCAACGCAAGAUCAGCACCGACAGCUCCUCCUCCUACACAUCUGAGUGCAGUGCCUCCCCCACACACAGCAUCUCCGUCACACGAACUGAUUGUGAUGAUGAGACCCCAGUGUUUGAUCGAAUAAGCAAGACACCUACCCCCCAGCGGAGAGACAUACCUCGGGUUAUAACAAAUGGGAGACGAGUAAUUAUAGACCCAUCUUUGAAACGUAAAGACAAGAUGUAACACAUGGAUGUAUUGUAGACUUUCAGACUAUGAAAACAGAUUGAAUCUGUGUGGAGUGUUGUGCAUCAUAGGUUGUGGCAUUUAUACCAACAAAGAUCUGUGUCCUUUGUGAAAGCAGGAGAUGAUAAAUAAAAAAGA